AUGGCCAAUCGAGUCUUCCUAUCAGAUAGAUCGAUGAUGGACACCAACAACUCGCUUGGAAAUGUACCGAGAUUUGGUCUGGGAAGCACAUCAGACACUUUGGAUGGCUUAACAACAGAUAUGGUGUUGAUGUUGUUUGAUGUCGAGGAGGAGACUAUAGAAGCCAAGUGUCUAGCUGGGCCGAUUAGUAUCGAGAAUGGGGAACGUGGCAUCAGAGCUCCUGCUAUUGCCAGACGAAAUCCGCAGCCUGCUCCUCCUGCUGUUGUUGCUGAUAAUAAUCAAGACAAUAAUGAUGCUGAAGAUGGUGAUGAUGUGGUGGUGGUGAUGGGUCAACCUGCAAAUGUCGUGCCAAUUCCUCAACGACGUAGAACAAGACAGCCUCGACAGCCACGAGCUAGAAGACGACCUGAUGCUCCUACACCUGAUAGUGACGCUGAAGACGACGACGAAGACGAUGGCAAUGACGACAGUGAUGAACGACAACCAGUCACUGUGCAUCAACCUAUACAGAUAGAUCAAGAUGAAGCCACUACAACUACAGAGGCAACCAAAGCUUCAGCAAAACGUAAAUCAGCUCCAGUCACUUCCCCUUCCUCUGGAAAAAAAGCCAAAACCACCAGUAAAUCUAAAAAGAAGCCCACCAAAAGACAACAAUCCGACUCUGAAGAAUCCGAUCUUGAUGAUCCUCUUCGAGAUAUUCUGCCAAAAUCCAGCAACACCCUUCCCAGAUCCAAACACUCAAAGCUUGCCAAGAACGCCACGUCAUCGACAAACGCAGCAAAGCACACGGCUGACUUUUGUCAAAAUUGUAAACGUAGAUUCGUUCCCGAUAUCGAUGCUCCGAACGCUACAAUGUGCCAGGCAUGUCUGACUGUCGGAUCUGGCCCAAAAGUUAGAAAAGUGACCAAGAAGAAGAAUGCUGCCAAUGUGGUUGAAGAUUCUAAUGAGAAAUUGAUGAGUCUCAAAGAUAUUUGUAUUCGCAUUGUGGCUGAGAAUAUUGACUCUGUGGAUGAGUUUGGAGAUAUUCCUGACGAUAUUAAAAUUAAAAUAUCAAAAAUAUUGAGUCGAAAUCGCACCUUGGACUUGCGAACUAUGAAUCUCUUCCUUGGUCCACACGAAAGGACUGUCGAGCUAUUCGAUUGCUCUCGUUUGGAUGAAGCUGCGUUGAAAGGAAUUGCUCAGCUCUGUCCGAAUGUGACCAGACUCAACUUGUCAUUUUGUGGCAGAAUGACUGUCAAGGACGAAGCCUAUGGAAACCUUUUUUCUACUCUAGGCUCUAAACUCGUUGAACUGCACCUAGAAAACGCAGCGAAAUUGAGUGAAGUUGGCUCUACCGUCGUCGAAUAUCUCAGUAGUCUGGUAUAUCUAGAGAAUCUGCGUCUGGACGCAUUGGGUCAGGCUGUAAAGGGUGUCUCUGACGAAGUGCUACUGAAAGUCAUCAAAGCUGUUGGUAAAUCACUCAAGGUUCUAAAGAUUGAAGGUUUCCCAGAGAUGGGAGAUGAGGUGUUGGAAGGAAUCGGUGCUCAUUGCCCAUUGAUUCGCAAAUUAUCAUUGCGUGGAUGCUCAAGCUUGAACAAUGAUGCAUUCGUGUCAUUCUUUUCAGCUAGCAACACAAAGUCGCCGUUGACAGAUCUCAACCUUCAACGAUGUGAGAAUGUCGGAGACACUGCCCUCGUAGCACUUAUAAACAUCCAUGGUGCUUCACUUGUAUCACUAUCUUUGAAUGGACUGGAGGAAUUGACAGAAUAUUCCUUACGUGCUAUCGGUGCAACGUGUCACAAUCUCCGUGACUUGGAUCUGUCUUGGGUACGCCAACUGGAUGACGAUCUCUUCGAAUCGAUUAUAGAUCGAUGUCGCAAUUUGGAACAGGUGGCCAUUUUUGGUUGUAAUAGACUUAGUGAAGUGUCGCUACGUCGUAGUUGGGUAAAUCGGGAAGAUCGUAGUAUCAAGCUGAUUGGUAAUGAGUUUGACUGA